AAACAAACAAAAAAAACUAAAGAGGCAGCCAUGUUCCCUGUCCGGAGGAACCUGGGCAGCUGGUGAGCUCAGGAGAGGUGCUUCCAGGAUGGGCCUGGAUGGUGGUCAGGUCACUGCCUAAAAACUCUCCCCUGGGGUUUGGAACCCAACUACCCGGGGCUCCUGCCAAGUCAUCACUGCUCCAUAUAGGGGGGUGGGGGAGGCACUGUUCAGUAAGGUCAAUGCUUCUUCCUACUCUCGGGAAAGGCUGAAGCCACUUCCACUGAAUUUCCAGAGCUGCUUUUGAGCAUCCUGAGAUUAAUCCCCAUUCGGAGACUGCGGCGCCGGGGCGGAGCUCCAGAAGUCUGGGCCGCACAGCUGGAGGGUCACGUGGCAGUGGUCCCGGCCCCCUUUCCUGCCAGCGCUGCAUCUGGCGCAGCCGGGCCUAAGGCGGCCUUGGGGUCCUGCGCUGAGCAGCGGAGGCCCUGGCUGUCGGGGCCACGCCGCUCCCGGGGGUCGAGCGUGAGUGUCGGGAUCCCAAGGACCAAAGUAGGGGGGUCUGGAAGGACAGAAGGGGCGCAGAAGGGGCGGGGCCGAGGCUCCUGGGCUGAAGCAAGGGGCUGAGAACUGGCUGCCAGGGACUCCUUCCCCAUCUGGGGUGCUAACCUGGGGCGCAAGGGACGGAGCAGGACAGCACUGAGGGUCCGGCGCGUGGGCUCUCCCCCCUCCUCUGGGGGCGGCACCCGUGAGCCCCGCUCCCGCGAGCCCCUGACUUUCUCUUCACGGCCCCGGCUGCCGCCACAGGGACAUGGGGCGCCGACUGCGCCUCCGCGGGGAGGCGUCGCUCACGCUGCUCCUGAGCGCCGCGCUGGGCCUCCUGCUCUACGCGCAGCGCGACGGCGCGGCCCCCACGACGAGCGCGCCGGAAGCACGAGGGAGACCGGCUCGGGCGCCCACCCCGGGGCCCCGCGCUUUCCAGGUGCCGGACGCCGAAGCGGCGCCGCCAGUCUACGAGGAGGACAAGCCAGAGCCGCCCACGCCCACGCCCACGGGGCCCUUUGACUUUGGCCGCUACCUGCGCGCCAAGGACCAGCGGCGCUUCCCGCUGCUCAUUGACCAGCCGCACAAAUGCCGCGGCCGUCCGCCUCACCUGCUCAUCGCUGUCAAGUCGCUGGCGGCCGACUUCGAGCGGCGCCAGGCCGUGCGCCAGACGUGGGGCGCCGAGGGCCGCGUGCAGGGGGCGCUCGUGCGCCGCGUCUUCCUGCUGGGCGUGCCCGGCGCGGAGGGGGGCGCGGAGGGACGUGCGGUGCAGACGCACUGGCUCGCCUUGCUGCGUGCGGAGAGCCGCGUCUAUGCCGACAUCCUGCUCUGGGCCUUCCAUGACACUUUCUUCAAUCUGACGCUCAAGGAGAUUCACUUUUUGUCCUGGGCCUCAUCCCACUGCCCCGAAGUGAGCUUCGUUUUCAAAGGCGAUGCAGAUGUGUUUGUGCAUGUAGGCAACCUGCUGGAAUUCCUGGCGUCGCGGGACCCGGGGCAGGACCUGCUUGCGGGUGACGUGAUCCUGCAGGCGCGGCCGAUCCGCAAAAGGGCCAGCAAGUACUACAUCCCCGAGGCUGUGUACGGCCUCCCUGUCUAUCCGGCCUACGCAGGAGGGGGCGGUUUCGUGUUAUCAGGAGCCACACUGCACCGGCUGGCUGGUGCCUGCUCACAGGUUGAGCUCUUUCCUAUCGACGAUGUCUUUCUGGGCAUGUGUCUGCAGCGCUUGCGGCUCACACCCGAGCCUCACCCAGCUUUCCGCACUUUUGGCAUCCCCCAGCCAUCAGCAGCUCCUAACCUACGUACCUUCGACCCCUGCUUUUACCGAGAGCUGGUUGUAGUGCACGGGCUCUCGGCUGUUGACAUCUGGCUCAUGUGGCACCUGCUGCAUGGGCAGCACAGACAAGCCUGUGCACAUCCUCAGCCUGUCACUGCAGGCCCCUUCCAAUGGGGCGCCUAGUCACCGUGCCACAGCCUCAAUCAGACGCAGGAUGUGGGGGGAAUCUGAAGGGGGAGGUUUCCAGGCAGAUUCAGUUUGUCUCUUCCUCAGAAAGGGGCAGAGUUCAGGAUUCAACCCCAGAUCACUAUGUGUCUGCUCCACAAGGUGUUGAAGUAUGAAGAGUGAGUUGAGUCAACCUACUGGGGACUAGUCUGGAACCAAUCUAAUAGUGACCCUUUGAGUUAAGACUGAGGUGGUGGAGCACCAGGUUCUUUGCAAAGCAGGAUAAAACAUGUCUUCUUAGUGUGUGUAUAGGGGUGGUGGUAACAGCAGGGGCUGCGUAGUUGAACUACUCUCAUUGACUUGGAACCCCUAGGAUGAUGCAGACACAUGCAGGUUUUCUGAGGCUAGGCCAUACAGGGAAGUGAGGGGCUGGCCUCAACCUUCAAGGAACUGCACAGAUUCUGCCACAACUCAGUCAGAAAGUAGGCAUUUUGCUUCCCAUCUGUCCUUCCAAAUUGUAUUCUCUGUCGUGUCUAGGUCAUAGAGUUCUGCUUUCCUGAAACCAACCCCUUCUGAGUUCUGCACUCCCCCCCCCUUUGUUGCCCUUGUUGUGUAACAUUGUUGUGGCUAUUGAUGUUGUUGUUGGAUAGGACAGAGAGAAAUGGAGAGAGGAGGGGAAGACAGAGAGGGGGAGAGAAAGACAGACACCUGCAGACCUGCUUCACCACUUGUGAAGCAAUUCCCCUGCAGGUGGGAGCCAGGGGCUAGAACUGGGAUCCUUACACCCGUCCUUGCACUUUGUGCCACGUGUGCUUAACCUGCUGCACCACCGCCAACUCCUAUGUACUGCACACUCUUUUCUGACCCUCCUUUCCCACUGCCCUCUCCCAAUUACCCAUCACACAGGUAUCCACACAAGUAUGCCAGCCUAUUACUGGAAGCUCCCCCUGCCUACAUUUUGCAGGAGUCAAGGAUUCUUUUCCCCUAAGGCGAUUCCAACUAUAAUAAAUUUCCUUUAUACUUCAAUCAUGCCUUCAUAAAAAAAAUCAACACCUUCAUACUUAUUUUAGUACAAACAUCCCAGCAACGGAACAUGGUGGGCCGCUGCUGAGGGCAUAGGUUUUUAUUGGAGGGGUUAUGGGCUGGGGAUGAGAAAGGUCCCCCCAUUCCAGGAGAAUAGGAACAGUCCCAGCUGCCCCCAACAGUGGGCUGUGUGUAGGGAUCUCUGGCCAGGCCACAGUCCAAAUGGGAAGACACCUGUCAAUCACAAAGUCACAGGAGUGCCAUACAAGCCUAGCUGUAGGCCCAGUAACCACAUAGGAGUCCAGGGCAGGACCCCUGCACAUUCAUUGUUAAACUAUACAGGAUGAGGCUGUACAUGAGUUAAUUACAAAAGUCAUAUUUACAAAAAUCUGUACACACAUUUGAAAAACUCACAAAAUCGUCAUCUAUGUAUCACAAGUUGCUAGACCAAAAUAUUAAAAAUGGGAUAAAAUUA